GGGGAGGGGGGUCAGCCCCGAGUGCAGCCGCCCAGCUCCCCACCGGCCCCGGGGUCGGUCUCCGCUGACCUCUGGGUGAGCGAGGCAUUGCGAGCCAGGGAGGGAUGGGAUCUGCGGGAGCCUCUGCCAAGAGCUGGCUCCAGAUCCGCAGGCAGCUCUGGGCUGCAUUUCCCCUCCGGCGCGAAGAGGAGCUGGGGUGUCCGGGGUUCACUCCUCGCUGACACCGACCCCCCGAGACCCUCAGCGGCACGCCGGGCCCCGCGGGGAGUCCCGUCUCCGUCCUCCCCUCCCGCCUUGGCCGAGCCCCAGCUCCUCGCCCGGAGGAAGGGUGCACGUUGUGGGCAUCUCCCAUCCACCGAAAUCUAUGAUCAGCUCGGUGUGUGUCUCCUCCUACCGUGGACGCAAGUCUGGGAACAAACCACCCUCCAAAACAUGCCUGAAGGAAGAGAUGGGCAAAGGGGAAGAGUCGGACAAGAUCACCAUCAACGUGGGCGGCACCCGGCAUGAGACCUACAAGAGCACCCUGCGGACUCUGCCGGGCACCCGCCUGGCCUGGCUGGCCGACCCCGACGCCCAGAGCAACUUUGACUUUGAUGGCAAAAGCAACGAGUUCUUCUUCGACCGGCACCCCGGCAUCUUCUCCUACGUGCUCAACUACUACCGCACGGGGAAGCUGCACUGCCCCGCGGACAUCUGCGGGCCCCUCUUCGAGGAGGAGCUCACCUACUGGGGCAUCGACGAGACCGACGUGGAGCCCUGCUGCUGGAUGACCUACCGGCAGCACCGCGACGCCGAGGAGGCCCUGGACAUCUUUGAGAGUCCCGAGCCUGGCGGAGGGGCUGCUGGAGAGGAGGCUGAAGAGGAAGGGGGUAGGGAGAUGGCCCUGCAGCGCCUGGGCAUGGAUGACAGGCCUCCCGGGGCAGCAGGGGCGGCUGGAGGGGGUGGAUGCUGCAGGAACUGGCAGCCCAAGAUGUGGGCGCUCUUUGAGGAUCCCUACUCGUCCAAGGCGGCAAGGGUGGUUGCUUUCGCCUCGCUUUUCUUCAUCCUGGUCUCCAUCACAACCUUCUGCCUGGAGACACACGAGGCCUUCAACAUCAACGUCAACGUGACGGAGACCCUGGUGGUGGGCAACACCACCACGGUGCUGCUGACCCACAAGGUGGAGACGGAGCCCAUCCUCACCUACAUCGAAGGGGUCUGCGUGCUGUGGUUCACCCUCGAGUUCCUGGUUCGCAUCAUCUGCUGCCCAGACAAGCUUCUCUUCAUUAAAAACCUGCUCAACAUCAUUGACUUCGUGGCCAUCUUGCCCUUCUACCUGGAGGUGGGUCUCAGUGGCCUGUCCUCCAAGGCUGCCCGGGACGUGCUGGGUUUCCUGCGGGUCGUUCGCUUCGUGCGCAUCCUGCGGAUCUUCAAGCUGACGCGGCACUUUGUGGGUCUGCGCGUGCUGGGCCACACUCUGCGGGCCAGCACCAACGAAUUCCUGCUCCUCAUCAUCUUCCUCGCCUUGGGGGUCUUGAUUUUCGCCACCAUGAUCUACUACGCCGAGCGGAUCGGAGCCAAGACGUCCGACCCCACCGGGAACGACCACACUCACUUUAAGAACAUCCCCAUCGGCUUCUGGUGGGCCGUGGUCACCAUGACCACCCUGGGCUAUGGUGACAUGUACCCCAAGACCUGGUCAGGGAUGGUGGUGGGCGCCCUGUGCGCGCUGGCCGGGGUGCUGACCAUCGCCAUGCCCGUGCCCGUCAUCGUCAAUAACUUUGGGAUGUAUUAUUCCUUGGCCAUGGCCAAGCAGAAGCUGCCAAAGAAGAAGAAAAAGCAUAUACCCCGUCCAGCCCAGCUGGACUCACCCACCUACGGCAAAUCCGAGGAGAACUCGCCCCGGAACAGCACCCAGAGCGACACAUGCCCACUGGCAGUGGAGGAGGGGGUGACUGAGAGGAAACGGUCAGACUCCAAGCAGAACGGGGAGGCCAACGUGGUGCUGUCGGACGAGGAGCAGCCGCUGUCCCCCAUGGACGAGGAGCAGCGGCCGAUGCGGCGCUCCAGCACCCGCGACAAGAACAAGAAAUCCUCCACGUGCUUCCUGCUGGCCACGGGGGACUUCUCCUGUGCAGCAGAUGGAGGCAUCCAGAAAGAUUCCUGCCAGGACACCCUCGCUUCCAGUUACCCCCAGGGUGAGGUGGUCACCUUCUCCUGAGCCCCUGCUGGUGCAGGCACUGCCCUGGCCAGGGAUGCUUUCCCUGGGGGAUGCCCUCCCUAGGGUGGAAGGAGGCUCUCCCUGGGGCCAGGGGAUGCUCUUCCUAAGGCUGAAGGGUGCAUUUGCCCAGAGAUGCUCUCCCCAAGGCUGGGACAUGCAUUCCUCCAGGGAUUCUCUCCCCAAAGCCCAGGGAUGCUCUCCCCAAGGCUGGGACAUGCAUUCCUCCAGGGAUUCUCUCCCCAAAGCCCAGGGAUGCUUUCCCUCAGGCUGGGACAUGCAUUACUCCAGGGAUGCUCUUCCCAAGGGACAUGCUCUCCCCAGGGCUGAGGGAUGCUCUCCUCAAGGCUGGGACAUGCAUUCCUCCAGGGGUGCUCUCCCUGGGACCGGGGGAUGCUCUUCCUAAGGCUGAAGGAUGCAUUCUCCCAGGGAUGCUCUUCACAAAGCCCAGGGAUGCUCUUCCCAAGGGAGAUGCUCUUCCCAGGUCUGAGGGAUGCUCUCCCCAAAGCCCAGGGUUGCUCUCCUCAAGGCUGGGACAUGCAUUCCCCCAGGGAUGCUCUCCCCAGGCCCAGGGAUCCUCUCCCCAAGGCUGAAGGAUGCAUUCCUCCAGGGAUGCUCUCCCUGGGGCCAGGGGAUGCUCUUCCUAAGGCUGAAGGAUGCAUUCCCCCAGAGAUGCUCUCCCCAAAGCCCAGGGAUGCUCUCCUCAAGGCUGGGACGUACAUUCCUGCAGGGAUGCUCUCCCUGGGGUCAAGGGAUGCUCUCCCUAAGGCUGAAGGAUGCAUUUGCCCAGGGAUGUCCUCCCAAAGCCCAGGGAUGCUCUCCCUGAGGCCAAGGAAUGCUCUCCCCAAGGCUGUGACAUGUUUCCUCCAGGGAUGCUCUCCCCAAAGCCCAGGGAUGCUUUUCCUAAGGCUGGGACAUGCAUUCCUCCAGGGAUGCCCUCCCUAAGCUCCAGAGAUGUUCUCUUCAAGGCUGGGACAUGCAUUCCCCCAGGGCUGCCCUUCCCAAGGAGCUUUCUCUCCCCAAAGCUCCAUCUCCUGGGGGUGUUGGCAGCUGGGUCCCUCCCAGAGGUGCCACAGAGCAGCAGGGCCGGGGGGAGGUUGGGGACAGCCCCAUUCGCCUUCCUGGUGCCAGCCCUGCCACGGCCACGCUGCCCCUGCACCCCCUGGGCUGCCCCCCACGCUGCCCACGCUUCUGGCUGCACCUCACCCUGCACAUCUGGAGAUCCAGCUGCUCACCAGGACAUCUCUGCACCGUGCCCUGACCCCUCCAGCGUCACACGGACACUGGCACCUCCUCUGGGCACUCCAGGGGGACAAAGGCUCUGCUCUGGUGCCACUCCAGGGUGACAAAGGCUCUGCUCUGCGUGCCACCCCAGAGUGCCAAGGGCUCCACUCUGGGUGCCACUCCAGGGCAACAAAGGCUCCAAUGGAGGAUGGCACUCUGGGGUGCCAAGGGCUCCUCUCUGGGUGCCACAGGCUCCACUCUGGAUGCCACCCCAGGGUACCGCAGGCUCCACUGCAGGUGCCACUCCAGGGUGCCACAGGCUCUGCUCUGGUGCCACUCUGGGGUGCCAAAAGCUCCACUCUGGGUGUCCCUCCAGGGUGCCACAGGCUCCUCUCUGGGUGCCACUCUGGGGUGCCACAGGCUCCACCCAGGGUGACAGAGGCCCCACUCUGGGUGCCAAAGGCUCCACUAGAGGGUGGCACUCCAGGGUGUUAAAGGCUCUGCUCUGGGUGCCACUCCAGAGUGACAAAGGCUUCACCCCAGGGUGCCAAGGGCUCCACUCUGGUGCCACUCUGGGGUGCCACAAGCUCUGCUCUGGGUGCCACUCUGGGGUGCCACAGGCUCCACUCCGGUGCCAUCAUCACCCCCUCCCAUGGGUGCUGGUCCCAGGGGCACAGGGGAGCCCAGAGGAGCGUUUGGGGUGCAGGGAUGGGGAUGGAAGCAAUAGGAGAGCGAGGUGUGGGGGGUCCCUGGAGGGGUCAGGGUCCUUCCAACGCUGUUCCAUAUCUCUGUGACCAAGGCAAUACUAAUCCUGUCCGUCUGUCCUGUGCGCAUGCCUGUCCAAUGUGUAGAGUUCCAAUAAAGUCAUCCAUGAGCUGAGUCAGCUCCCCUACC